UUUUUUUUAUCGUCAAUGCUGAAAAAUAUCAAAUCUUCAAUCAUCAUUACUUUACUGACAAUCUCAAGAACAUCAAGCCAUGUGCAAGCUCUUUUACCUUAUUAUUCUAGUCCAAUCGAGAGCAGUUUAGCACCCGCAACUAGCAAUUACAUGUAUUCAACAACAAGUACAACAAACACAAAUCUCAGUUCAAAUUUUGAACCAGUACAAGACGAAUAUCUUGUGGAUACUUGCUACCAACAACGAGUCGCUUUUUCUCAAUAUUGGAUACCGAGAGAGAACGAAUGGGACGAAUCAAACGAUGGUGAUCGGAUGUUUUUAGGCGCAACAAACAAGAAUACCCCAUUGUAUGACAAGGAGCAUAAAGAAAUCACCAAAGUAUCUGCUGAAAUGCACGAGAAAUGCUUAAUGGAAGGAACGUGUUUGUUAGAAAAUGGAGAUUUGAUCAAUAUUGAUAAUGUGGAUAUACCUACAUUUAUCAAGAUAGGAGAAGCAGGUCGUUCUCAUACUGUGUUUGGAUUAGGCUCAGGAUCACAGAAUUUGGUUCCUUAUGUUAGUGUGGCUGCUUCUGAUCUUCCUUAUGGACAAAAGUUGUAUAUUCAUGAAUUAGAUGGACAAGAAUUGGGUAAUGAUAUGGUACACAAUGGUUGUGUUCGAGUAGACGACAGCAGUUGGUCAUUUGACGCCUGUCAUAUUGACUUAUUUGUGCCUACUUAUAUUGACUAUCUUUGGCUUGAUUUAGAUGAGCAAGCAACCAUUGAAUUAGUAGAUGACUGUGAAUUACAAAACUAUAUCAGUAUUCACCAUCUAAUACAAAUGAAAGCCACUUUAAAUACAAGUAUUAUACCUCUCUUACUAUACGAUAAUUAAACAAAUGUAUUAUGCACUUUUGUACCA